CCCGCGCGGCCCCACUUGUGGCCCUGCCGGCAGCCGCGCAGGGACAGCUGCAUUUCUCGCCGCCCGCCGCUAGGAAGCCGGCCUCGCCUCACUUUCUCCGCCUCCCCGCGCCCCAGCCGCGCCGCCGCCGCCGAGCCUGGCCCCGCCGCCGCCGCUGCGGAUUGCAGCCCCUCCCCCGCCCGGCCCGCGGCCCAGCCCCUGCGGCCCGCGCGGAGCGGACGCGCGUGGCGCUGCCCGGUGGGACCAUCCGUGAAGCCGGUGCCAGGAUGCACCGGGGGUGUGGAUGACCGGCCGCCAAGCCCCAGCACGGCCCGGUCCCGCAUGCCACCGCCUCGCGAGGACCGCUCUCCAAGGGCCGCCUGGGGCCCCGCGCCCGUACUCUCCUAACCCGGAGCUCUCGGCAGCCCAUUGCUGCCUCGCUACCCGGGGCGGAGGAGGCGCAGGAGUGAGCUGCCCGAGACCGCAGGGCAAGCAAGCGGCUGACAGCGGAAAGACCCUGGGGAAGGGGCUUUGCGGCCGGCUAGAAACAUUUUCCCCAAGCGGCUCCGCAAAAUGACCAGCCUGUUCCGCCGGAGCAGCAGCGGCAGCGGCAGCGGCAACGGCGGGGGUGGCACCGCCGGGGCGCGCGGGGGCGGGGGAGGCACGGCCGCCCCCCAGGAGCUCAACAACAGUCGGCCUGCCCGCCAGGUGCGCCGCCUGGAGUUCAACCAGGCCAUGGACGACUUCAAGACCAUGUUCCCCAACAUGGAUUACGACAUCAUCGAAUGCGUGCUGCGCGCCAACAGCGGCGCUGUGGAUGCCACCAUAGACCAGCUGCUGCAGAUGAACCUGGAGGGCGGUGGCGGCGGUGGCGGCGUCUAUGAGGACAGCUCCGACUCGGAGGACAGCAUCCCCCCGGAGAUCUUGGAAAGGACUUUGGAACCCGAUAGCUCGGAUGAAGAGCCCCCGCCUGUGUACUCCCCGCCAGCCUACCACAUGCACGUGUUCGACCGGCCCUACCCUUUGGCUCCCCCGACUCCGCCUCCCCGUAUCGAUGCGCUGGGCUCUGGAGCCCCUACAAGCCAGAGACGCUAUCGGAACUGGAACCCACCACUGCUGGGCAACCUCCCGGAUGACUUUCUCCGCAUCCUGCCCCAGCAGCUGGACAGCAUACAGGGUAACGCUGGGGGCCCCAAGCCUGGGAGGGGAGAGGGAGGUCCACCUGCCAUGGCUGGGCCAGGGCCCCGAGACCAGGAGAGCCGCUGGAAGCAGUACCUGGAGGACGAGAGGAUCGCGCUUUUCCUGCAGAACGAGGAGUUCAUGAAGGAGCUGCAACGGAACCGCGACUUCCUCCUCGCUCUGGAGAGAGAUCGAUUGAAAUACGAAUCCCAGAAAUCUAAAUCCAGCAGCGUGGCUGUCGGAAACGACUUUGGCUUUCCCUCUCCUGUCCCAGGAACUGGCGACGCCAACCCCGCUGUGUCUGAAGAUGCCUUAUUCAGGGACAAGCUGAAACACAUGGGAAAGUCCACCCGGAGGAAACUGUUUGAACUUGCCCGAGCCUUCUCAGAGAAGACCAAAAUGAGGAAGUCAAAGAGGAAACACUUGUUGAAGCAUCAGUCGCUGGGGGCUGCCGCGUCAACAGCCAACCUCCUGGAUGAUGUGGAGGGCCACGCGUGUGAUGAAGACUGCCGGGGCAGGCGUCAGGAGGCACCCAAGGUGGAGGAAGGCCUGCGAGAAGGACAGUAAGAGGAACCAGUGACCAGGAAAGACCAUUGGGCUCCUUUGAAAAAGAUUCCUCCCAUCCCUUUUUUCCCCUACCAGAUGCCAGCAGCUCUUCCUUGCCAGAGAUGAUCUGACCCAGUGGGGGCAGCUGGAAAGCAACACUGGCCCCCAGCUGAAGGGCCCAGCUGCAGCCAGACAGAUGGUGCUUGAAAACCGAGGCCCAGUGAUCCUCCAGCCACAGUCCAGCCCAACCACUGCCACUUUCCAUGGGACUUAGAACUUCGGAGUUGCUGCCUUGCAAUUGGAGGAAGGACCUGGGGCCCCUAUAGGCAGCAGCCAAUUACAGCCCCUUUUGUAGCCAGGCGUUCCUAUGGUCAAAGAGUGGAAAUGCAGGAACCAACCUCCCUUUAAAAAAAAAAAAAAAAUCCAGAAAGCAGAUAAAAGUUGGAAUAUGGAAAAGGGCAAGAUGACCCCACCAGAGGCUCUUUGGCCUGAAGGUGGAGUCUCUGCCUCCCUCCGUUCCCUGUCUCUCCUGUCACAGACUCUGCCUGAACCCCCUUCCUCAGCUCCCUUCUGGUCCCCCUUCCUCAGCUCCCUCCGGGCACUUGUGCCCCUCCCUUCCAUGGCCUCUUGUAUCUCAGCCUUCCCCCGGGGCUGCUGGCCCAGCACACGAGCCCUGCACCCAGCCUGGGUGGGAGGUCCCUGGCCAGUCCCCCAGCUCUGAGGAGCUAUGGGCUACUGCAAAGCAUCUGACGACUGCCCUGCCCCGUCUGGCCUCAUCAGGCUGCUGCUGUUAGGGAUGGGCUCACUCCCAGCAGCUCCCCAUCACCCAGCAGGGAUGGGGAGGCAGGGUCUUUAAUUUGGCAGCAGACAAAAGCCAGUUCUGGAGUCACACCACAGUAGGGGCUCACAGGGGCUCUGACUCCCCAGCUGGACUGGAAGCCCUGCUGUCCGAGGGUGGGCAGCGGUGGGUCCUGGAGUGACCCCUUUGAGCAGGUGCAGGGCUAAAGAGCAAGGCGGAAAGGCCGCCAGCCUGGGUGGGAGAGCCUAGGGCAGAAGGGCUUGCUGGGUUCCCCUGAGAAGGGCGGGUGAUCUGAGGAGGAGAACUCUGAUUCUAGGAACGCUUACACGGCACUGACCACUGCCACGGGGAGGGAGGCUGCCCAGCCCAUGGCCCCACCCUGCACAUGGGAGCGCGCAGACCUUCCGGAGAGCCGGGAAGCCUGGGCAGGCACGAGGCUUCGGCGCGGCUUUGGGAGGUUGGGAGUGGCAUCCGUUCCUUGGCCGGGCCCUGGUGGCCUCAGUGGCCCCAAGAUCACAAGGGCGUAGCGAAGGCGAGCCGGCGAUCGCACCUCGUCCCGCCCACCCCGCCCGGACUCGCAACGCCGAGCUUGGGGAGGGCCGGGACGCGCAGCCGCCGCCGAGCGUGACCAAGUUUGGAAACGCGCGCGGGGCCGGGACGCUGGCUCGGGGGGCCCUGCCGAGGAGCGGCCGCUCCCUCCGCUGCUCCCCGCGCCAGGCCUGGGGCCCUGGAGGGGGGGGGGGGCGGUCUCCGAGGAGUGCCUCGGUCCCCCAGCUCGAGUUCCCGACGGGUCUCUGAGCCUUCCCCGCGCCAGGACCCGGCGCACUGUGGGGGAAGCCCCAGCCCCACGUCUGUUGCGUGUUGCUUUGUUAUUUUUAUUCCUCCUAUGUGUGGGUUUUUUCUUGGAGCUGUUUCAUAGGAAUUCCUGUAAUAAAGAGUUGGUGUUCUC